UCCGAGGCUGGGUCCCCGUGCCGAAGCUUCACAAAAGUUGAGCAACUCAAAAAACAAGUUACUUAAUACUUUCCUCGGGUCCAGGAAGAGUCGGGAAUAAUCUUGACAUACCGCCCUGGAGUCGGUGCCAGUAUGAGUGUGCCAGUAAGCCCGUUGAGUCCCCUGAGCCCGCUGGGGUCCCCGCGCCACCCCCCCGCACCGGACCUGUCCUGCCUGCAGGCCUACCACGACUGGCUGGCCACUCGCCACAGCGCCAGCCUGCUGCCCAUGCAGGAGGACCUGGCCCUCUGGAUCAACUGCAUGCUCGGUGUUGCCGUGACGGCUGACAAUUUGAUGGACAGGUUGGAGACGGGUGUUCUGCUGUGUCAGCUCGCUGAGGAGCUACAGGAGCGCAUGAUCCUGGGGAGCAACGGGAAGUUUGAGUCCAAAGACCUGGUUCUGAAGAGGCAGCCCAAAGAGGUGUGUCUGUGCCUGCUGCAGGUGGGCAGGAUUGCCUCCAGAUGUGGCCUCUCAAUGCUGAAUGAUAAGCAUGCCAUGGUGCGUGUGGGGGGUGGCUGGGAGACGUUUGCCUGCUACCUGCAGAAGCACGACCCGUGUCGCCUCUCGCCCAUCGUCCGGCCCGGGAUCAAGCCCUCCGCUCGGACCAACGGCAGUAACCGUGGCAACAGCAGCGGCAGCGGCAGCAGCAGGAAGUCCAUCCGUAUCAAAGAGAUCUCCCCCGACAGCUACCUGGUGGUGGGUACCAACUCCGUCCGCCUCAAGAAGUAGCCCACUGGCCGCCAGAGAUGACUGACAACGUGAACAGCCAAUCAGGCUUUGUCUUUCUGUCUGUGUUGAGCCAAUGAGAGAGGAAUUGAGUAGAUGGGUUUCUCUGGGAGAGGUUCUUUAGGCCCAGGUGGCCAGAGCUCUUAUGUGUCCAGUCUGUCUGUCCAGUUAGAGCGUAGCGUGUGUGUGUG